AUGAAGAUUCUGGUCUCGCUCUCGAUGUUGCCCGCGCUUGCGCUGGGAUGUACUGUGCAGCCUGAGUCUGUUUAUGACUCUUUCCUGAACCCACCAUUGGCCUUCCGACCCUUCUUCAGAUACUGGGUGCCAGAUGCUACAGCGUCUCCGGAAGUCAUUGCAAAAGACAUCGCUCUACUCAAAGAAGUUGGUGCCGGUGGUCUGGAACCCAUCGGCUUCUACAACUAUGGAGGCACGCAGUCUGACCCGGCUACAUCACGUGCAGACUGGUCCAAAUUUGGCUGGGGUACAGAGGCCUGGAUCAAUACUACUCGUACUGCAUUUCAGGCUGCAAAAGAUCACGGACUAUUGAUGGACUUUGCUCUUGGCCCGAAUCAAGGAUCUGGCGUCCCUGCGGAGCCCGAGACCGAGGGAUUACAGUACGAUCUCGUGCCAUUCAACGUCUGGAUUCCACUUGGUGGGUCUUUCAGUGGCAAGUUGCCCGGUUGGGGCUCUGGAAAGCUGGUCGCUGCCUCCACAGCACUGGUGCUUGAGCAGCAGCCUGUCAAUAUCUCGACGAACCCUGAUUUUCUCGGGACCGUUUAUACUAAUGGCACGAGACAUAUCCUGGAGACCCGGUCGCUUAAAGACGUGUCCGACGCUGUGGCUCAAGAUGGCAGCCUAAACAUUGAGUUUCCACACAACGAGACAGGGAUUGAACAUCGCCUUUUCGCUUUCUAUGAAAAGUUCUCCGGGUAUCGCGAGCAAAUCAGUCCGGAACGAAUCGUACAGGUCCCGCAGACGCCAGUAGGCAGCUACAUCCAAAAUGGAUCUUGGGUCAACGACCAUUUUUCUGUCGCAGGAGCUCAGCUUCUCAUCGACUUCUGGGAGAACACGAUGUUGGACGACGACCUUCGUCAAUUGCUUCGUGACGUCGGCAACUUGGCUUGGGAAGACAGCAUGGAAUUUGGUGCUGGGGUCGCCGUCUGGUGGACUCCAAACAUGCUACAGGCGUUUCAGUCCCUCAUUGGGUACGACUUCACGAAGUUUCUGCCACUGAUCUUCUCGCACGUGUCGCAGGACCCUGGCCCAUUGCCGUCGCCUGAUCAAUUCUUUACCAGCGAUGAUGAUGAGGGUCAACACUACUUGCACGACUAUUGGACGACGCUCACAGCACUAAAUCGAGUCUAUUUGGAUACAUUAUCAGAUUGGGCGAGGAACGGGCUGAACUGCAGGUACAGCGCACAAGUCGUCUACAACCUUCCGAUGGAAAUGGCAGCCAACGUCCCCGCAGUCGAUGUUCCGGAGUCGAACUUGGCUGGACUGAAUAUCGUCAGCAACGAAUUAGGAGCCGAGUAUGCGGCAGCAUAUACGCAAACGCUUCCAGAGCUCAUUUCUGAUGUUAAACGCUCCAUCAUGGGAGGCGCCAACAGAAUGGUCUACCACGGAUAUCCAUACUCUGGCAACUAUCCCAACACCAGUUGGCCCGGCUAUACAACAUUCUAUUAUCGCUUCUCCUCCAUGCACGGACCGCGGCAACCGGCCUGGGAGUAUUAUAACGACUACAUGAGCUGGACGUCAAGAAUGCAGCCCAUAGCUCAAAGUGGUGUGCCAAAGAUGGAUGUAGCAUUCUGGAUCCAUGAUUUGACAACAUAUAUCACUUUGCCGAAGUACAAUGUGUCAGAAAUGGACAAAAUUGGUUUCACCUACGAAUAUAUCAGCCCGAGCAAUUUCGAUCUGAGCAACGCCUACGUCAGACAUGGCGUUCUGGCUCCAGAUCGCCAGGCUUUCAAGGCUCUUGUGAUUCGCAGAAAUGACACCAUGACCUUACUCGGGGCACAGAGAGUUGCAGAGUGGGCUUUGCAAGGGCUCAAAGUAGUCUUUGUUGGAGGACUUCCCCAGCAGGUGUCAACCCAUUCUGAACAGAAGAACCGUAUCGAAAUCGCAUCUAUUCUUCAACGGAUGGCGAAUCUGCAUAACUUCUUUGUUGUCCCCGAAAACGACCUUGCCGAGUCUCUUCGAUCGGUCGUUGGUCUGACGCCCAAAGCUUUGGUGUCGACCGAAGGGCUGUGGCAGACCUACUGGCGGGAGGAUGAGAACGAACGUCGGAUCACAGUGAUCCUGUACAACGACGCCGUCGGAAGACCUCAUGGAGAGGGCACCUCAAACGGAACGGUUCGGUUUGCCGUGCAAGGUGCUCCUUAUUUGUACGACGGAUGGACCGGAACGUCGAUCGCCGUGCGGACUUGUCGAGUGAGUGACGAUGGCAUCACGAUCCCCCUCACUAUUGCAGGCAACCAAACCUUGAUUCUGGCUUUCCACAAGGACGAAACCCCUCGUUGCGAAUGCUUCGGUCUUCCACCAGGCGUGUCGUUGCAUGAUACGACAGAAGGGAACGUGCUUCGAGUUCAGAACCGCGAGACUGCUCGAGACUUGAAGCUGCUUGAUGGACGAGUGAUUCAGCUCGAAGCCGCUCCCCAUGCUCUCGAACUAGAGAAUUGGACUCUCAUUGUCGAAUCUUGGCUACCUCCCAACGCCUCUCGCACUGGAUCUGACGACUCCUACGAUUCAUUGAAAACGAAUGAGACAUUCCAGAUAACAGAGCUGAAGUCUUGGUCUACGAUUUCUAAUACUCUUCGAAAUACGUCCGGUCGUGGCUUCUACACAGCUUCGUUCGACUGGCCAUUGUCUGGAGCACGGUCGAAUGGUGCUGAGAUUGAUCUUGGCUUUAUUCUUCACACUGCCCGGGUGUGGAUCAACGAUAAUCAGCUGCCGCCUCUCGAUCCCACGGCGCCGAGCUGCGAUAUCAGUGAGUACUUGCGUGUUGGAAGCAAUGAGGUCAGAGUUGUGGUGUCUACGACACUUGGAGGAGCCGUUAGGGAGCACUGGACGAGCAUAAUGGUUGAAGGAGCUCCAGUAACAAUGACUGCUUUACCUCCUGAUGAGCAAAUGCAAGGGUUGGUUGCUCCGGUGAAUAUUAUUCCCUACAGCGUCACCAUAGUAUCAUGA